AUGGCGGCACCGGCGGGGCUGGCGGCGGGAAGGACGCACUACGAUGUGCUCGGCGUAAGCGCGGGGGCGAGCAGGGGCGAGAUCAAGGCCGCUUACCGGCGCCUGGCGAGGGUGGUGCACCCGGACACCGGCGGCGGCGGCGGAGACGAGGGGUUCAUCCGGCUGCACGCAGCCUACGCCACGCUCGCCGACCCCGAUGAGCGCGCGCGGUACGACCGGGACGUGACCAGCCGCGCCGCGGGGAUGAUGAUGCGGCGGGCGUCGGCGACGACCGGGCCGGCGUUCCGGCGGCGGACGUGGGAGACGGACCAGUGCUGGUAG